UGGAUGGCAGUGUAGUUACAACAAGUUGUUUGACUACGAACGAAUUAACGAUGCUGAUGUUGGAUUAGAUUAGAGAGAGAACCUCCUUCUCAUCUCACGUAUACAAUUUCCAAUACCUACAUAGAUUAUUUACAACGUCUACAUUUCUUGACAUUUUUAUAGAAAUUGUGUGAAAUGUUGAAAAUAAAGCCGUGUCUGUGGGUGGGGUCACCUAUUCACGAAACCGUGAAAAGAUCGAUAUGUUCUCUACGUCGUCAGUGCUCCAGUUCUUCUCAGCCCCCCAAAAAGACGGCGUUGUACGACUUUCAUGUUGCGCAACAGGGUAAAAUGGUCCCCUUUGCGGGGUAUCUGAUGCCCGUACAUUACACACCUCUCUCCAUCACCCAGUCCCAUCUCCACACCAGGCUCCACUCCUCCAUUUUCGAUGUUUCACACAUGUUGCAAUCCGAAGUGCAUGGGAAGGACAGGAUCGAGUUCAUGGAGAGUUUGGUCACUGGGGACAUUGGGACUCUCCCCGCAGGUCAGGGUUCACUCACCCUCUUCACCAAAAAAGAGAAUGGAGGGAUCAUUGAUGAUCUCAUAGUGAGCAAUGCGAAAGAGGGUCAUUUGUACGUCGUCUCUAACGCUGGCUGUCGAGACAAGGACAUUCCCCUCAUGCAGGCGGCGGAGAAAGAGUUUCAAGGGCGAGGGAAGGACGUCAAGCUCGUGUUGAGGGAUGACCUCUCGCUGAUUGCCGUACAGGGACCCUCUGCCGCAAAAGCACUCCAACCCCUCGUCAGCAUCGACCUCUCCAAGUUAUACUUUAUGAACACCAGCAUAGGAGAAGUUGCCGGGGUGGCUGGAUGCAGGAUCACGCGAUGUGGCUACACAGGCGAAGAUGGCGUCGAAAUUUCAGUCCCCUCCGAAAAAAUAGUUCAUGUUGUCAAUGCCCUCUUGGCGUCAAAGGUAGGCAACGUUCAACUGGCAGGAUUGGGAGCCAGGGACUCGCUCAGACUGGAAGCAGGCCUUUGUUUGUAUGGAAAUGACAUGGAUGAAAGCACGACGCCCGUGGAGGCAGCUCUGACCUGGCUCAUCGGGAAGCAACGACGAGCGAGACAGGACUUUCCUGGGGCGUCCAUUAUCAUGGAGCAGGUAAAAGAUGGGAGCAAGGUGGGUCGUCGACGAGUGGGGCUAAGGACGCCUGAUGGACCUCCUCCUCGCUCUCACAUGGAGAUUCAAUCGUUGGCUGGGGAGAAGAUUGGGGAGGUGACGAGCGGGUGUCCCGGGCCAAGCAUGGCUCCACUAAAUAUUGCUAUGGGUUAUGUGACGGGGGACUACUUCAAACCUGGGACCAAGGUCAAUGUCAAAGUGAGAAACAAGCUGGUGGCUGUUGAAGUCGUGAAAAUACCGUUUUUGAAGGGAAAAUAUUUUGUUCCGCCAAAAAAGUAGUGAACUGAAUUGUUUAAUCAAAAUUUUGAAAUAUAUAACUAGACAUCGCUAAAAGA